AUGUUCAUUUACGUUGUAUACAAAGACGAACCGGAGUUGUCGACGAUGCGGCGGCGGUCAUCAGAGACGGAUCUUUCCACGGAGGAGACGCUGCUCGUGAACCCGGACUGCCACGCGAGGGUGAUGCUGGAGUACAUACGGAAGAGGUGCAAGCUGGGAAUGUACACGCAGUUCGACCUGUGCGCGGAGGACGGCGUUCUGAAGAGGCUCUUCGGCCUGCCACCGCACACGAACGUAGCCGACUGCUUCGAGCACAGGAGAACUUAUUAUAUCAUCGUUUUGAAGCAGGAGACGGAAAGACGGCUUACAGUUCUGCCGCAGCUGAACCGCGAGAACAAGAUGUACUCCGACCUGAAGGCCAAGGUCAAAGUGAGCCUCCUGAACAUCGACACCAGUCGCCAGACGUCGCCCAUGUCCAAGGUGUCUCCGUCGGUACCAAGCAAGACUUCACUGAAGCCUAUCACGAAGAAAAAGAAA